CGCCGGAUUGCAAUUCUUACAAAAUAACAUUACGAUUUAUGUCGCUAGGACUUUGUUAAAAUGACCGUUAUUACUUAAUACAAUAGUACAUACAUGAGGCUAUGGGUAGUGAAAUCAAACAAAUCUCGUUCUUACUGUUUUAGUUAUUUACUAUAAUAAAACCAUGGUAAUUUUAAAAUAUCAAAAGUGGUGUUUUUUUGUUUGUUAAGCAGAUGUUGACCCAGAAAUACUGUAUGUUACAUCAAGUUUAUAUGCUCAUAUGUUUUUCGUAAACUUAAAUUUUAACAUGUCAUUUAAUCCUUUUAUUUUACCCAGCGUAUUUAGCUCGCUAGAAGCUAACGCAGCUUCGCUUUGCCAUAGAACAACAUAUCGAGAUAACAACUUUGUGAUCAGGCAUUACAACUACCUACUAAAUUUGGUCCUAAGCGGACACAAUUUGAACUCACUCGCACGGGGACCGUAUUUUUUAUGACACCGGCACUUUUAAAAAACUGUUGCGAUAUCUCAUCUCCUGUCCUGCCCUCCAUGUGCCUGUUGUUGUGAUGGUUCUUUCCAUUGGUCAAGCUAGUUCUGAGUGCUUUGCUAUCAUCUAUUAGUAACUAAACAAUCAAUAUUUUUUUCUGCGGUGUGGGUACAUUAAACAAGGAGAAAAGCAAUGGCUUCCGAAGAUAUUGCUCAGCUUACAGAGGCUCUUGCCAAGACCCAUGUUGGAGAGUUAAGCUAUAAGGGACAAGGGCUUAAACUGGAUAAUGCAGAGUCUGUCAAACAGAUGGUGCAGGACAUUGAACAGUUUCAAGGUCUGCAGUCCCUCAAACUGGAGGGAAACACAUUUGGGGUGGAGGCAGCACAGAGCAUUGCAAAGGCUCUUGAAGCAAAAAGUGAACUGCAGCAAUGCCAUUGGAGUGACACGUUUACAGGACGUCUUCGCUCUGAAAUUCCACCAGCUCUGAAAUCAUUGGGUGGUGCAUUGAUGACAUCAGGAGCCCGACUGACUGAGCUGGACCUGAGUGACAAUGCCUUCGGGCCCGAUGGCGUAAAGGCAAUUGAAACCCUGCUCAAGAGUUCUGCCUGCUACACUUUACGUGAGCUGAGGCUUAAUAAUUGUGGCAUGGGCAUUGGAGGGGGUACGGUCCUUGCUUCUGCCUUGACUGAAUGCCAUAAGCAGUCUAGUGCAGCUGGCUCCCCCCUGAGGCUAAAGGUUUUUAUAGCUGGACGUAAUCGGCUGGAGAAUGAUGGUGCCACUGCACUUGCCAAAGCAUUUAAGUUAUUAGGCAGUCUUGAGGAGGUCCAUAUGCCACAGAAUGGGAUCAACCAUGCGGGUGUAACUGCUUUGGCUGCUGCCAUGCAACACAACCCAAACCUACAGGUUCUUAACCUCAACGACAACACUUUUACUAAGAGAGGAUCAAUAGCCAUGGCAGAGGCUAUCAGGCACCUCCAGUGCCUUCAGGUCAUCAAUUUUGGGGACUGUCUGGUACGCUCAGAAGGUGCUAUUGCUAUAGCAUGGGCCCUUAAAGAGGGGCUGCCACAUCUUAGGGAGCUGAAUUUGUCAUUUGGAGAGAUUACAGAAACUGCUGCUUUGAUAGUUGCUAAGGCUGUGCAGGACAAAGCUGAUCUGGAGAAACUGGACUUCAAUGGAAACUGCUUGGGAGAAGACGGCUGUGAGGCUCUCAGGGAAGCGAUGGAGGGCAUGAACCUAGGGGAUAUGCUGGGCUCGCUCAGUGAUGAUGAAGGAGAGCCUGAUGAUGAUGAGGAUUACGAAGAUGAGGAUGAGGAGGAAGACAAUGAAGAUACAGAAGAGGAAAAUGGUGUUAAUGGAACAGACUAUGUUAAUGAAGAAAAUGAGGAGCCUCACCACAGUUCAGAGCUCAUAGCCUUCCUAAAUUCCCCAUCAUCUGAGAAAUUGAUCUCCUUUGGAGCCAAGAGGGUCCAGCUCAUUGAGCAGGAGGUUGAUGUUUCAGAUGCUUGUAAAGUGUCAGAUGUUUUUCUUAAGAUCUCUUCAGUAUAUGAAGAUGAACCAGAAGUAAAACGAGCCGUUUUUGAAAGCACAGAUGCUCUGUUGAGGAAGGCCUUUUCCAACUCCCACUCCCGAUCCUACAGUUUCAUAUCCUCGCUGAUUGUAAAUCUGGGACUUUUAAAGAGUGAGGAUAAGAAAAUGAAGGUUUCUGUGCUGCCUGGACAUUUGCUAGCUUUAGAGCACGCAGCAGGACAGGAGUUCUUCCCGCUGGAUCAGGCUGGUGUUCUGGAAGCGUUUGUGUCACGACAUGGCAAAGUCUUAGAAUCCUGUUCCAGUGCCAGAGACGCUCUCAAGACCACGUUGGCAAAAAGGACCACUGCAUAGUUUUUAACCCCUAACACAAGCAACUGAAAUCACUUUAUACGGGUCAAAAGAAAAAACUGGAAUAUUACCAAACUUGACAGGCUACGUGAGACUAUAAAACUGUUGUAGUUUAUUUUUGCUCUGUCAAUUCUGAAUCUAAUUUCUCACACAAAACUGUUCAUUCUGUACAGUGUACAGUGAUAUCUAGUGCCUGAAGAUGACUAGUGCCAACUGUUGACAGCAGCUUUACAUAAGAAUGUUGUGAUGUACUUUCAUCUCUUUUUAGAAAUAUUUCUUCUAUUUUUAUACAUAAAAGGGAAAGAUAAUAAAUAAAGGACUGGGUGAUAAUUAGGGCUUGAAUGAUUGUGAUAAUGUAACUAUAUGACAUUUCUUAAUAGUGGUUAAAGAUUGAUGUGGAGAAUAAUGCACUCUUGUGAGUAAAGUAUGUGUGCCAUUUUGUGUAACGUUUUGAUAGUAGAAUUGCGUUCAAAACAAAAAUGGCAAAUGCUGGACUAAAGUGAAGUAAUAUGAUUACUGGUUUGAAAACAUUACAUUUGGACAUUAGUAUAUACAGCAGGUCUGCACUGUAUAUGGGUGUUUAUGUAACUACGGACACUUUUGACUGUCCAAAAUAAAAAUAAAAACCUCUGUGAAUUUUAA